UUUUAUUACGCGUUAAAUAUGAUUCGAAGUGCCAAAGACAAGUAAAGUGAAAGACAUUUCAUUUAAUAAACGACAACAUGGAAAUAGCUGGUACAAAAGUGAUACAAUGGUUCAACGAACUCAGAUCCCGGUUUCAUCUUUAUCUAUACGCUCAAAAUCUUGGUCCUGUAAGGGCGGAAAAUGGUGGGUCCCAAGGUGACGAUCAACGGUCUUCACGUCAACACGAUAGCAGUGAAGAGAGAGUAGUUUUCAUAAAUGCUCCUCAUCAACCAGCGAAAUAUAGAAACAAUCAUAUUACUACUGCGAAAUAUUCAUGUCUUUCGUUUAUACCUAUGUUUUUUGAACAAUUUCGUCGAUAUAGUAAUUGUUUCUUCUUGUUCAUCGCUCUAAUGCAGCAAAUACCGGAUGUAUCACCUACCGGUCGAUAUACAACUUUGGUUCCAUUAAUUUUUAUUCUUAGUGUAUCUGCAUUAAAGGAAAUAGUCGAAGAUAUUAAAAGGCAUAGAGCAGAUGAUGAAAUUAACAUGCGUGAAGUAGAAGUUUUAAGAGAUGGUCAUUGGCAAUGGAUACAAUGGAGGAAAAUUGCUGUUGGUGAUGUGGUUAAGGUCCGCAACAACAAUUUCUUUCCUGCUGACUUGAUCUUAUUAUCAUCAUCGGAGCCACAGAGUAUGUCUUUCAUAGAGACUGCCAAUUUGGAUGGAGAGACCAAUUUGAAAAUACGACAGGCCCAUCCUGACACUGCCAGUCUCUUAGAUACUGCUGAAUUAAUGAAUUUUCGUGCAAAUAUUCAAUGUGAACCACCAAACAGACAUUUAUAUGAAUUUAAUGGAGUAUUGAGAGAAUCUAAUAAACAAUCUGUACCUUUGGGACCUGAUCAAGUAUUGCUUCGUGGUGCAAUGCUAAGAAAUACACGUUGGGUAUUUGGUGUAGUAAUUUACACAGGCCAUGAUACAAAACUAAUGCAAAAUAAUACUACAACUGCACCUUUAAAAAGAUCUACUUUAGAUCGACUGACCAAUACACAAAUACUCAUGUUAUUCUUUAUACUUCUUUUGCUGUGCCUUCUAUCCUCAAUAUUUAAUGUUCUUUGGACUAAAGCUAAUAGUGAUGGAUUAUGGUAUUUAGGUUUAAAUGAGGAAAUGACUAAAAAUUUUGCUUUUAAUCUUUUAACAUUUAUUAUUUUAUUUAAUAAUUUAAUACCUAUUUCAUUGCAAGUUACAUUGGAAGUAGUGAGAUAUAUUCAAGCUACAUUUAUUAACAUGGAUAUAGAAAUGUAUCAUGCAGAUACAGAUACACCAGCAAUGGCACGUACAAGUAAUCUUAAUGAAGAACUUGGUAUGGUUAAUUAUGUUUUUACUGAUAAAACUGGAACUCUUACAAAAAAUGUAAUGGAGUUUAAACGAUGUUCAAUUGGUGGCAAGAUAUAUGAUUUACCAAAUCCAAAUUCAAACGGUGAUGAAGAUGGUAUUAGCAUCAAUAGUGAAUUAAUUAAAGAUAUUAUUGAAGGAAGAUCAAUACAAGAUCUUCCUCGUCCUGUUGAUAAAAAGGCUGCAAACCAUGCAAAAAUAGUACAUGAAUUUAUGAUUAUGCUUUCUGUGUGUCAUACUGUUAUUCCCGAGAAAAUUGACGAAACUAUUAUUUAUCAUGCUGCAUCUCCAGAUGAAAGAGCGCUGGUAGAUGGAGCACGUAAAUUUAACUAUAUAUUUGAUACUCGAACACCUGCUUAUGUGGAAAUAGUAGCUCUGGGUGAAAGAUUUCGUUAUGAAAUAUUAAAUGUAAUAGAAUUUACCUCGGCUAGAAAAAGAAUGUCAGUAAUUGUGAAAACACCAGAAGGAAAAAUCAAACUUUUUUGUAAAGGAGCUGAUUCUGUUAUUUAUGAAAGAUUGUGUCCAGUUUCUUUAGAGAAUAGUGAUCCUGAACAAAAUAGUUUGGAUGAUUUUCGAGAUAUAACUUUAGAACAUUUGGAAGCAUUUGCAUCUGAAGGUUUAAGAACACUUUGUUUUGCUGUUGCAGAUAUACCUGACAGUUUUUAUCAGUGGUGGCGUGAAACUUAUCAUAAUGCAAUAAUUACUAUAGGAAAUCGUGAAAACAUGAUCGAAAAUGCCGCAAAUCUUAUUGAAACAAAAUUAAAAUUAUUAGGUGCAACUGCUAUUGAAGAUCAAUUACAAGAUCAGGUACCAGAAACAAUACAAGCUCUUUUACAGGCUGAUAUUAAUGUAUGGGUAUUGACUGGUGAUAAACAAGAAACUGCUAUAAAUAUUGGCUAUUCUUGUAGAUUAAUUACACAUGGAAUGCCAUUGUAUAUAAUUAAUGAAUCGUCUUUAGAUAAAACAAGAGAAAUUAUAAUACAGCGUUGUCUUGAUUUUGGAAUUGAUUUAAAGUGUCAAAAUGAUGUAGCUCUUAUCAUAGAUGGAAAUACAUUAGAAUAUGCAUUAUCCUGUGAUAUUAGAAUGGAUUUUCUAGAUUUAUGUUCAUCUUGCAAAGUUGUUAUUUGUUGUAGAGUUUCGCCAAUGCAGAAAGCUGAGGUGGUUGAUUUGAUUACAAGUAAUAAAAAAGCUGUAACACUUGCGAUUGGAGAUGGUGCAAAUGAUGUAGCAAUGAUCCAAAAAGCUCAUAUUGGUGUUGGUAUUUCUGGUGUUGAAGGUCUUCAAGCAGCUUGUGCUUCAGAUUAUUCUAUUGCACAAUUUCGUUUUCUAAAACGCUUAUUAUUUGUUCAUGGAUCAUGGAAUUAUAGUAGGAUGUGUAAACUUAUACUCUACUCAUUUUACAAAAAUAUUUGUCUUUAUGUCAUUGAAUUAUGGUUUGCUAUUUAUUCUGGCUGGAGUGGUCAAAUUCUUUUUGAGCGGUGGUCGAUUGGUCUUUACAAUGUUGUAUUUACGGCAGCACCUCCAUUAGCUAUGGGACUUUUUGAUAAAGUAUGCUCCGCGGAAACUCAUUUAAGUCAUCCAGCAUUAUAUGCUACAAAAAAUACUGGAGAAUCAUCGUUUAAUAUUAAAGUAUUUUGGAUAUGGAUUGCAAAUGCUUUAAUUCAUUCAUCUCUUCUUUAUUGGUUAUCACUAUUGGCUCUAAAAGAAGGAAUAGUAUGGGCAAAUGGCCGAGAUGGUGGUUAUAUUGUUUUAGGAAAUUUUGUAUACACAUAUGUUGUAGUGACGGUAUGUGGAAAAGCAGGGUUAAUAAUUAACUCUUGGACAUGGGUCACUCAUUUGGCAAUGUGGGGAUCUAUUAUGCUUUGGUUCUUAUUUAUUUUAAUAUAUAGUAAUUUUUGGCCUAUUCUAAAUGUGGGUGCAGUAAUGUUAGGCAACGAUAGAAUGUUAUUUUCUUCACCUGUAUUCUGGCUGGGUUUGGUACUUAUACCAUCAGCAGUACUACUUAUGGAUAUUACGGUUAAGGCAGUCAAGAAUACAGUUUGGAAAUCCGUAACUGCGGCAGCUAGAGAAAAUGAGAUUCGAAAAUCUGACCCCGGAGAUGUAUUCAAUAGUCACGACUAUAGAAGCUCAUUGACGGAGACAGCGCGGCUACUGAAAAACGUAAAAAGUGUUUUCACCAGGCGAUCAAACGCCGCUUCCAGAGUUAAUGUCGAAGUGGAACUAUCACAGAUUAAUAGGUUGCAAUCUUUGUUGUUGCACAUGCUGCGCGAUGCAGAUGGAUUUGCAUUCUCUCAAGAGGAAGGAGGCUCGGUGACUCAGACGGAUGUAAUCAGAGCUUACGAUACAAAUCUUCCGAAACCUGGCGGCAUGUGAUCUUAAUUCUACUAGCUAGAAAUAGUACACAGAUGUAUAUUCUAUAUAUAGAUCUUUUUUUCGACUGAUAAAACAAAGAAAAAAAAAAAAAUUCAAAAAAAAUGAGUGAGAAAGAGAAGAAGAGAAAAGUUUUCCCAGGAAUUCGGUACUCGCCAAGCCCUACGUAACGCCUGUCUGAAUAACUCUGUUUCACGACUGAUUCAACGUCUCGAUCUUUCUUUCCUUGAAACAAGGAAAAUCUUAACGGUUCUUAACGAUGGGCCUUGUAACAAAGAGUAUUAGAAAGACUAUCAAACGAAAAUUUUAAGGAGUAAUAUUCCUUUUUUUCAAUCAUCACUUGCAAAUAAAAAAGGAAAUAAAAAGAUACUAAUAAAUAUAUCCUAGAUCAGCGGUUCUCAACUGUUUCAUAAAUUUUGAAAUUAAAAUUUAAAAAUUUCAUCAAGGUAUAUGAAUUUAAGAUAGAAGAUUAAAAUUAUUAAA